CCCCGCGCAGAAAACAGGCGCAGGGGCGCGGGGAAACCUCCCGAAAGGACGAGGAGCAGUGCCAGGUCGUGCGCGCUAUGACUCCUGCGGCUGCGGUUCCAGCCGGCGACUGCGCGCCCGCAGCCUUGGGGGCGCCGCGGGGCCCCGAGGAGGCCGUGCUUUGAGGCUCCAGGGUCUCUGCCCGCCGCGGCCGCGCAGGAGGAGCACAGGGCCGGCGCUUGCCUGCCGGCCUCGCACUCUACGGCCCAUCUCGGCUCCCGUGUUCUGCUGCCGGCCGCCAUGGCCUUUGCCGCCGCGGGGAGCGCGAGCUCGGAGCGCAGGCGGCCGCCGCGGCACCCGGCGCUGCGCGGACUGCUGCUGCUCUGCCUGUGGCUGCCGAGCGGCCGCGCGGCCGGGCCGCCCCCCGCGCCGCUGACGGAGCUGCACGCGCAGCUCUCGGGCGUGGAGCAGCUCCUGGAGGACUUCCGCCGGCAGCUGCAGCAGGAGCGGCCUCAGGAGGAGCUGGAGCUGGAGCUGCGCGCGGGCGGCGGCCCCCAGCAGAGCUGUCCCGGCCCGGGCGGCGGCCGCUACAGCGCCAUGUCCGACGUCAUCAUCCGCAUCAAAGACUCCAUCGCGGCGGGCGCCAGCUUCCUGAGGGCGCCGGCGGCCGUGCGUAGCUGGCGGCAGUGCGUGGCGGCCUGCUGCUCCGAGCCGCGCUGCUCCGUGGCCGUGGUGGAGCUGCCCCGGCGGCCCGCGCUCCCGGACCCCGCGCUCGGGUGCUACCUCUUCAACUGCACCGCGAGCGGCCGCAGCGUCUGCAGGUUCGCGCUGCACCGCGGCUACAGCAGCUACAGCCUCAGCCGCGUUCCGGAAGGGCAGCAAGACCCGGAAGCCGGCGUCCCGGCCACCGCCCGGGCCUCGCCUCGCCCGGAAAAGGAUGAACCUCCACUUAGCAAGGCCGGGCAGGAUGUGGUUUUGCGUCUGCCCACGGACGAGGUGACUUUGGAUGGCCGAGAGAGCACAGACGACCAUGCCAUCGUCCGGUAUGAGUGGACACUGCUGCAGGGUGACCCAUCAGUGGACGUGAAGGUGCCUGAAUCAGGAACUGUGAAGCUGUCCCACUUACAGGAAGGAACGUACACCUUUCAGCUCACGGUGACGGACACUGCCGGGCAGAGGAGCUCCGACAACAUCUCGGUGACGGUGCUGCCCUUGGCCGUUGCCACGGGAGGAUGCUCGAAGGUUUGCUCACGCUACCAGUUCUUUUGUGACGAUGGCUGUUGCAUCGACAUCACACUGGCUUGUGAUGGAGUAGAGCAGUGUCCGGACGGAUCUGAUGAAGCUUUCUGUCAAAACUUGAGCCUGGAGCGGAAGACGGCGACUCGCGGGGCGACUGCCCAGCCCCGGGCCGCAGGACCGAGCCAAGACGCGGCAGGGGGCGUCUGGUGGGAGGAGGCUCAGCAAGCCGCGGCCCCGGACAGGCCACCCGCGUUAUCAGACACGGAGGAGAGGAAUCGUUCCACACUUUGGGGGCCAAAGAUUCACACUGACCCUGUGGGGCCAGAUAGUGGUUCCUCAGGGAAGAACAGAAAAGAGGAAAAUUAUAUUUUCGAGUCCAAGAGCGAUCGAGCAGGAGUGGAACACCCAGCCCCAGAAAUAGGUGCAGUGCUGCCCCUGACCCUGGGUUUGGCCAUCACUGUGUUGCUGCUUCUCGUGGUUGCUUGCCGACUGCGCCUGGUGAAACAGAAGCUUAAGAAGGCUCGGCCCAUUACAUCUGAGGAAUCGGACUACCUCAUCAAUGGGAUGUAUCUCUAA